AUGCUCGCAUCGAGCCAGGGAGAGGAGCUCCCUGCGCUCGAUCCCCUCGCCGCCUUCGCCGUGAGGCCCCCACACCCGACCACCUCCUCGCCGCUGCUUGCUCCGGCGACCAGCACCAACGAGCACCGCCGCCUUGCGCCGCCCCUCUCCCUCGCGUCCUCGCCGUGGACCUGCACGCUGCCCGGUGCCCCGCCGCCGGAAAUCGCGAGGCCGCAGCCUCCACCUCGUCCAGAGACGCAGCGCCAUCCCUUCCUCGAGCCGGCCUACCCGCCUCUGGCAACGGCCGCCGUCCCACGCCCAAGCUCCUCCGCCCCGCGCCUCUGCCUCCGUGCCACUCGUCGGAGCCCCGCGAGUUCGUCCCCGCCGCGCCAAGCUCUCUCCAUCGACCUCCGCGAUCAGCGCCUCCACUACCUUCUCGUCGCUGCGCCUGCCUCCUCUCGUCGCUGCCGCCUUCCGUUCCUCGUCACCAUGCCAGUAGCCGUCGCUGCCGUGGUCUUCUGCAUCGCCAAAUCCCAGCAACCGCGGCCCUCUGCUUCGCCUCGCCAGACCGUCGAUGUUCUUCCUCCGGUGCCCUGUCCCCGUUGGCUUUGCUCGAGCACGCCACCACUGCGCCUCAAGUUCUGCUACAUGAGCACCUCAAGUUCUGCUACAGGAGCACCACAGCUAGUACCUUGGAACGUCUACGACUACGCGGACUCGCCAAAUUCAUGGUUCUAG